GCGGUAAACGGACGCGCCCCCCGGUGCGCCGUCCCGGCCCCGGGAUGGGCCCCAAGCUCGCAGACUCCGUGGACGAGCUCCGCGCCGCCGGCAACCAGAGCUUCCGCAACGGCCAGUUCGCCGAGGCCACGGUGCUCUACAGCCGCGCGCUGCGGACGCUGCAGGCGCAAGGUUGUUCGAACCCCGAAGAAGAAAGUGUCCUCUUCGCUAACCGCGCAGCCUGCCACUUGAAGGAUGGCAACUGCAGGGACUGCAUCAAAGACUGCACUUCAGCACUGGCCCUGAUGCCCUUCAGCAUGAAGCCCCUGCUGCGGCGGGCAUCGGCCUACGAGGCCCUGGAGAAGUACCCCCUGGCCUAUGUGGACUACAAGACCGUGCUGCAGAUUGAUGACAGUGUGGCGUCGGCCCUGGAAGGCAUCAGCCGAAUGACCAGAGCUCUCGUGGACUCGCUGGGGCCCGGGUGGCGCCUGAAGCUGCCCUCUAUCCCCUUGGUGCCUGUCACAGCUCAGAAGAGGUGGGAUUCCGUGCCUUUGGAGUACCACAAAGAGAUGGCUAAGAGAAAAUUCAGAGAAACCACAACUUCCAAGAGCAGAGCGUCUUCUGCUGGGGAUGUGGAGAGAGCCAGAGUUCUGAAGGAAGAAGGCAAUGAGCUUGUAAAGAAGGGAAACCAUAAGAAAGCUAUUGAGAAGUACAGUGAAAGCCUCUCCUUUAGUGACAUGGAGUCCGCCACAUACAGCAACAGAGCGCUCUGCCAUCUGGCCCUGAAGCAGUACAAGGAGGCAGCGAGGGACUGCACGGAAGCGCUCCGGCUGGAUGGAAAGAACGUGAAGGCCUUGUACCGACGAGCGCAAGCCUACAAGGCACUCGAGGACUACAAAUCCAGCUUUGCAGACAUCAGCAGCCUUCUGCAGCUUGAGCCCAGGAACGGCGCCGCCCGGAAGCUGCGGCAGGAAGUUAACCAGAGUUUAAACUAAAGCCCCAGAAGGUUAGCGGGAAGCCUCUGCCCGAGCUCCCUCCUCUGUGCCUGCUCCUGGGACCCAGCAUGCCCCCGAGCGAGCUCCGAGGCCACUCAGAGGUGAUGGCUUCCCAGCCCUUAAGAGGCUUUGCUUUGUUCAAAAUUAAGCUCAGAGUAGU